ACCCAGACAUGGCCGAACCCCUAUUCCUCCAACACAUUGCUAGACUGAUUUGUGUUCAGAAUCUGCUAGAUCUUACAAAUGGGAAGGAUGUCACUGAGUACCUUAAACUGGCUUACCACAGUGCUGUAACAGAGGACCUUCUGAAUCACAUGGUACAGUUUUAUCCCAAGAAGCUGACCGAUGAAAUCCUAGCAGGUCUGGCCUCCCCACACAUCCAGAAUCUCCGACUGGUCAACUGUACUCGGAUCAAGCCAUCCAAGUUCAUCAAAAUUGUGCCUUACUGUAAGAAACUUCAUGGCCUUGACCUCAAGAAGUGCAGCCAGAUGAUGUUGCCUGAUUUCUUUGUGCUAAUCAAGAUGGCCGGCUUUCACCUGACUUCGCUGAGUGUGGAAGACUGUACAACUGUAGAUGAUUCCGUCGUUCAUAGCAUUUUGAAAAAUCUUCCCGAGCUGAGACACCUCAAUGUCUCCUCCUGCAAUAACAUCACAGACGGAGCGUUCCUACUGGACAAAGACCAGCACAGCAGGAGGACGUACACAGUGGAGACUGAGGUUUACCCCUGCUCACUGACCAGUAUAGACGUCUCUGGGUGCCGCUGUCUUACCAAUCUAGCCAUACAUAACCUAGCAUCUCUGACAGGGCCUACACUACAGCAUGUCUGUCUGUCUUGGACAAAGUUAACACUAGAGUGUCUGCUAUGUCUCGCUGGAUUAGAAGUUCCAAGAAGUUUUCUGGGAGGUGAUGAUGAAAUCAGUGACACAGUAGAAACUGCAAGGAUCAAUUCUGAAAACAGUGAAAACAUAACAGAGAAUCAUAAUAAUGAGAACGUCACUUCACAGGCUAAAGAUGGCCCUCAUUUACAGGCUGAAGCAACAGUUUUGUUGUCAAAUGGUAGUGAAAGAACUUCUCCAGCUUCAGAAUUGACUGAUUUGUGUACAGAGCAAACUGAGUCAAGAGAGGCCAUAUGUGAUAUCCCAACCCAGGAUGGAAGUGUCAUUCAAAAUAGUUGUUAUUACGAUGUUGGUCAAAGUAUACUCGCUGCAGAGACAGAUAGUGAUAGUGUGCACAAUACAUCAGAGCACCAAGCUGUGCUAACUGCAUUGAAUGAUAGUGAUAACAUGCCAAAUACAUCAGAGAAACAAGCUGUGCUAACUGCCAUGAGUGAUAGUGAUAACGUGCCAAAUACAUCAGAGCACCAAGCUAUGCUAACUGCCAUGAGUGAUAGGGAUAAUGUGCUCAAUACAUUAGAGCACCAAUCUGCAACGAAAGACAGUAAAAAUGUGCACAGUGCAUCAGAGGAAUAUUCUGAGGAAAACACAUCUGAAACUUUAGAUGAUCUGAGCGGUUCUAGAAACAGCAACUCUAUGUUACAGUCUUCUGAAGAUGUUCAACAAGUACAUGAAGAUGGAAAUUCCUUUCUCUCAGGAUGUUUUGAAAAUUCUGAAUCUCAGACUUCUCCUGCCCCAGAGUCUGUGGGUAACAAACAUUCUUAUGGUAUGGUUCAAAUUGAUGGACCAAAUAAUUGUAGUAGUGAGAUGCAUCUUUCUGCUGCCAACUGUGAAUCCAAUGACUUACCCUUAACAUUGUCAGAAACAACAUCAUUAAAUAUGUUUGAAAGCUUCAGUACUUGUAGCUUCUUGAAAUCUGACUCUUCCAAUGCAUGUUCUGUGGACCAUAUUGAUAUUGUUUUGAAUGAAAGACUACAAUCCUUAGAUUUAUGUAAUAUCAAUGAAACUCUAAACGACAAUGAUAAAGUUAUAGUUUCCAAAAUACCACGAACACUAGAUGAACAACAGUUACCAGAGUUAAUAACAAAGCACCAUUCAGUUUGUGCUGGAUAUGCAAGAGAAUCAAAUAAUGUUCAAAACUCUGAAAACAAAGUAAACCAUGCAAGUGCAGCUAUUGAAGCAGAGAGUUUGGAUGAAGGAAGUUUAAACCUUAAUCAAAAAACAAUUCUUAACUUGGUACAGUCUUCUUUGGACCAUGCCACUACCUCUCAAUCCAUAUUGUCAAAAGGAAAUGUCAAAACAGAUAUUGAUAGUGUUGAAAACCACACAAUACGUCCUAUCAUUGAAGAAAAUCUGCUUUUGCAAUCUCCACAACUAGAUCAUUUUGUUGACUCUCAGCCUCCUCCAAAAUGUGAAGAAGAACUUUUGUUACCGUCAAAAGAUGCUGUUUGCGUUGGACACCUUGAAGAAAGUGUAGAUCUUUCACAACCUCUCGAAAACGCUGUUGAUGCAUCCAACCAAUUAGAAGAGUUUAGUGUACAUACUGAUGUGGUGCUAAAUGAACUUUCGAGAAAUUUGAUAAAAGACUUGAAAUCAAAACAAAGACAGUUAAAGAGUGAGGAAGAAUGUUUACCACAUAUGAAAAGUGUCUAUAAACCAAUCAUCAGAUCUAUAGACCUUGAAGAGAUAGUCCACCCCAAUAACAAACAGGAAGUUUUAGAGAGCGCACUUGACACAUUCUUAACUGAAAACCCUUGCCUGCAGACCUUUAAGUUAUCCUGGCCAAAGCUUCCAAACUACCUUCUGAAACGUCUUGUUGAUACCUGUGUAGAUCUCAGGGAACUGACUCUGGUUGGCUGCCAUGUUAUCGACGCUGAACACAUACGUUCCGUUGGAUCACAGUGCAGGAAGCUCACAAAACUGGAACUUGAUGAUGUCCGCAGACUGACGGAUUGGAGCGUGGUCCCAGCAGUAUCCAACACGGACAUAGAAACACUCUCUCUAAAGGAAACGGACAUCCAUGACGUCACAGUCAUUCGAAUGGCGGCAAAACUUACAGAAAAUUUGAAAUCUCUGGACAUUUCCUAUUGCCAAGAACUAACAGAAAGAGGAAUAAAUUCCUUACUCCGGAAGAAAAGUUGUGUGACGUCAUUUAGUGUCCGACAGGGGGCGCUUUCUGAUCUGUCUUUGGGACUGCUCUGUGAGAACUUCCGGCAGUUACGUAAUGUAAACCUAGCCAGCGUAAAGUCUAUUACAGGGAAUGGACUUAUUAGUCUAGCCAAAAGUCUCCGCCAUCUUGACUUCAUUGAUCUAAGCUGGGCGAGUGGAUCAAGUUUGCAAGAUGACGUCAUAGAGGCCUUUCUGACGCACUGUCCAUGGCUGAAUCGUAUGGAGUUGAGUGGACAGUCCCUUCUGACGUCAGGUCCUUUUCUUCCAAUUAUAUCCGAUUACCAGAAAUGGAGUAAAUGCAAAGCAUUGUUCUUCUUGAAAACAAAAGAAAGGGAACUGGAAUCGAAGAUAAGUGCUGAGGAAGAAACCGACUCUAGUGAUGAUGAAUAUGAGGCGGUCUGUUUCCCGCACCGCUCCACCACGUUUGCCACAAACCUCCAACACCUGAGCCUGGAGUACUGUGACAGUAUUACAGACUCUGACAUGGAGGACGUAGUGACCGUCUGUAGGGGCUCCCUCACCGUCAUAGAUUACUACAGCUGGGCGGUCAAACCAAGGCUACUCAGACUCAACAAGUUUAAGAUAAAGGGAAAUACAAACUUAGAGUCCGAUGUUGAUCCAGUCCAGUAGUGUGUGGUCCCGAUUAUAGACCAAUAGAGCGGCGUUGACUCUUUAUAACUGUUCAUUUCGAGAAGUGUUUGACUGUGAUACAUGAUGAUACUAUUCAGGAUGUCCAACCAAGGUUACCUUUUAUCAACAGGUUUAAAAUAAAAAGAAAAAGAAACAUAAAUUCAAGGUUGUCCUUCUUGAGCUGUUUAUUUCGAGAAGAGGUUUACUGUGAUACUAGUACACUUAAAUAUAAUUACUGUUGCAGGUGGGAUGGCAGAGCAAGAGUUAUUAUGCUAUAAAUGAUUUAAUAUCAAGUCGGCAAGUAAAUAAAGUGUUAAAUGUUAAAAUUCUUUAGAUAUUGGGUAGAGAUCUUUUACAGUAGUCAACUACUACACUAUAAAUUUUGACACAAGGACAAGAGAAGAUAAAGCCAGACGUUGACUCAGUUUAGUUGUUAAUUUUGAGUGUUUUCCCCAUGAUAGACUCAUAAAGCUAAAAGUCAAACCUAGGCUCAUUAGACUUAACAAUUUCAAGAAAAUAAGAACUGUAAUCGACGAUCCAUUACUGUAGAUCUUGAGGGGAUAUAUACGAUAUAUUUUGACAAAGUAGAAGACUACAUCAAAAUUUCUUCCAGAUAUUCUUGUGUCAAACAUCGAGCCGCUUUUUUUAACUGAGCUAUUUCAAAAUCAUAUUACAAUUAAGGCAUUGUAGUUCUUAAGAAGAUGUCGCCUCUCUGCUCAUAGUUUAGUACAAACAAACUGUGAGGGAGUUUGCACAGUGUUCUCAAUCAAUAUCUAUAGUACUAUAUUAAAAUAUUAGACUCGAAUGUUUUGUCUUUAAUACCGAGAAAUCGGAAGAAUACUGUCUUUUGUUUUAUAUAUUUUAAACAUCAUUGGGACUUGAAGAUUACCAAUUUGUUUUUAUUUUUUCUCAGUUACGCCUCGCUAAUUAAUUAUCAACAAAAAUUGCUCAAAAAAUCCCGGAAAUCACCUGGAUUAUUUGGAUUUUACAAUCUUGCGCUUGCGCAAUACAUUCACGUUAACGGGGUCUUUAGUUUAUGUUUCCACUAUAUCACAUCUACAUGAAUA